AAGAGAGAGACAAAAGAGAGAAAGUGAUAAGCUGUGAAUAGAUUGAGCAUAUUUUUUCUAUUACCCUCAAUCCAGUCCAUUCUUACUGUGGUAUUUUUAAUUUAGAUUUUUCAUCCAUUUGUUUCCAUCAUCAGUCAAAAGGGGGAAAAAAAGGAAUAACUCAGAACAAGAAAGAAAAAUAAAGUGAAAACAAGAACUGGGUGGAGAAGCCAGAGCAAGAUCAAGAGUGAUGUGUGUCCAAAGCCUCACAAUCUUGCAUGACGAUUCACAGGGAGAGAUAUUGCUUUUGGAUAAGCUUUUAGGAUACACUACAGGAGCAUGUCCUCAUACCACAAGCACACAUCGUGAGCUGUCACAACAUUCAUACUGAGGUUCAAAACGGGUGUGACCUCAGCUAGAAACAACUUUUGAAAAAUGUGCCUACAAUUUUCAGACACUUUCUCCCAACAUUUCUCCUCACAUCCCUCCCGAAACUUUGUCUUUUUUUCCCUCCCACCCCUCAAGCAAACCCCACCUCACAAACACAACACUCCCCCAUUAAACAUGUGUGUGUAUGUGUGUGUGUGAGUGUCGCUCAGUCUCUCCAUGGAUAGAUUGUUGCAGCAGCUCUGCUCCCUGCGGCAGGGUCGAGCUCUGGCUCUCCUCCACUUCACCUCUCUCCUGUACCUAGCCUCAGGUGCUCUUCCCUGGGAUAAGAAAGCCAGCCCAUCCCCUCUGGAGGGGUUUCAGGUGGUGAAGGGGAAUUUCUCUCGGAUUUUCCUCCGUGUUGGCUACCAUAAGAUUGCAGAGAUUCCUGCAGGAGCAUGCAACAUCAGCAUACAGGAGACAAUAAAGAGCCGAAACUACCUGGCUCUGCGGACUCAGAGUGGUGUCUCCAUCAUCAAUGGCAACUGGGUAAUUGACAGGCCGGGGAUCUUUACUGCUGUGGGAACACAGCUGAUGUACCAACGACCAAAUGAAAUCCGCUCUCGCAGUGGAGAGUCCAUCACUGCACCCGGGCCGCUGGCUGAGGACCUGCAUGUUUACUUGAUCUACCAGCAGCCAGGUCCCAGUGUAUACUAUGAAUACAGCUUGCCUUUACAAAACACACACCCCACUCCUGAGCCAGAUAAACCUUCUGAUAUUCUGCCCCUGGCUAAGACAGUAGGCCCACCCCACUCAGGUGAGGAGGUCAACCAAGGCGACAACAACGACAUCAUCAAAGAGAAACCCCACCCUGACCAGGUUCCUUCUGAGCCUAGCGCGAACUCUGACCCUCAGCCCACCUACACCUGGACAAAGAAUGGGCACACAGAGUGCAGCACGACCUGUGGCACUGGGAGGCGUCAGGUACUCUGGGAGUGUGUACAGAAAGAUUCCCAGGCGACUGUUUCUGCUGACCUCUGUGACCCUGCCCUUGAACCAACAGACCGGGAAGAGGACUGCAACACUCAGUCCUGUCCUGCAUACUGGGACGUAGGGGAGUGGUCAGAGUGCAGCAGGAGGUGUGGACCUGGCACUCAGCACCGCCAGGUCAUCUGCCGCCAGGUCACUCACAUUCAUGCCAAUGGGACGGAGACAUCGGUUACCAUGGCACCAGAGCUGUGUGGGUUGUCUGACAGGCCAGUGACCAAGUCUACAUGUCAGCUGAAGAUUUGCAGCCAGUGGGAGAUACGAUCUGAGUGGAGCCCGUGUUCAGUGCCAUGUGGGGUGGGCCAGCGCAGCAGGGAGGUGGUGUGUGUGAGCAACCAGGGUGAUGUGGAGGAGGAUGAGGAGUGUAACAUGAACCUAAAGCCAGAAACACUACAGAACUGUGACAUGGGAGCCUGUGCACGCAGCUGGUUCACCUCCCUCUGGAGUCAACGGUGCUCUGCAGAGUGUGGUCAAGGCAAUCGAACCCGGACGACAGUGUGCCUGAUAGAUCAUGUGACUGAUCUCCCAUUGGACAGCUGCGAAGGGGAACGCCCACCAGAAUUGACAUUGUGUGACUCAGGCCCCUGCCAGCACCGCCUGGAGUGGUACACUGGACCCUGGGGUCAGUGUUCUGCAGAGUGCGGGAACGGCACACAGACCCGGAGUGCAGUCUGUAUUCUCAACAACAACGGUCACAUGGAGGUUGUGGACCAGUUUAAAUGUUCCAGUCUCUCUCAACCAAUCACAGCUCAGCCUUGCAGACUGAAGCCAUGUGGCAUCCAGUGGUAUGUCACAGAGUGGAGUGCAUGUUCACGCUCCUGCAAUGGUGGCUACCGCGUGCGUGAGGUGCGAUGUCUUGCCGACAACGUUGCCCCAAGCGGCAGUUGUGACCCCGGUUUGACCCCAGAGAGCCGAGAAGAAUGCAACAAACAACCUUGUUUAGCUGAGAUAAAUCCAUCAUGCAGCGACCAGUAUCAUAACUGUAUGGUGGUGGUUCAAGCCCGACUCUGCAUUUACCCUUACUACAGAAGUGUCUGCUGUGCCUCCUGCACCCGUGCCCAGAAAACAUACCCCAACGCAUUUCAAAAGAACCACAUCCGCAGGUGAUGCUGCUUCAUCACUUCGGGUCACAAUUCAGUCUUAUAAAACAGCACUGUGAACAUGAUAUCUAGCUCUGUUGUCACUCUGUGUGCAACCAAUUAACUAAUCAGCUGCUUUCUUCUGUUUUGUCAACAUGGCCACACACACACACACACACACACACACACACACACACACACACACACACACACACACACACACACACACACACACACCACCACAGCAUCAAUACAGCUGUUAGGGUGAGAUCUUGUUUCAUAAGACACCAAAGUGAAUGAAGAAUAACCUGAAACUUUCUUAAUCUCAUAAAACACACACACACACACACACACACACACACACACACACACACACACACACACACACACACACACACACACACACACACACACACACACACACACACACACACACACUUUUUUAAAGAAUGUCACCAUGUUUAGAUUGAAGUUUGAUUCUCAGUGUAACUUUGAACUGACUGGUCACAUUUGGUGAUGUACUUGUAUAUUUAUUCUUAAUAAAGGGGGUAUAACUUCUUGUAUUAUUACAGAUGUUACGGACAAUAUUUAAUUGUUUGGUGUUUUCAUUAUGUCUCAAAUCCCUGUUGUAUUGUAUUAAGAUUUUAAAUUGUUGAAAUGUAAGUGAAGUACAUCACUAAAUACAGCCUGAGUUAAAAAAAAAAAGCAAAGUAAAAUACCAUUUUUAAACGUACAAUGUGUAAUGCUGCUAGGGGGUCUCUCACAGCAAAACAAUAACAUAAGCGAAGUUUGAUGAUGUGGUGAAGUAGCGUCGACUCAUGGGAGUUGUUGUCUUCACCACCAUUGCAGUCAUUGCAGUCAGCUUAUCAGUCAAUCAUAAAAAUGUGGCUAAACACUGGAUAAAAAGUAAAUCUAUGAUAUCUUCUGGCAGAUAACCACCAUGACGACGCAUACACAAAGGGGAUAUGACGCCAUUGAGAAGCGAAGAACCCAUUCUGGGUUUGAAUGUUUUCAGUGUAUUUAUUGACUUACCUGAAGGUUUUGACUCUGUUAAUCAUGGCUAUUUCUAAACAAUUAUAUACAUAAUCAGCAGCAGUUUGUUAAUAUUCAUGAAUGGACAUCUAAUAAGGCUGUUAUAACAUGUGGGGUCCCACAGGGAUCUAUUCAUGGACCACUCCUUUUCCAUAUUUAUAUUAAUGACCUGGCUGCAGCAUCAUCCUCCAUGUACCCAGUACUUUCCAUUGGAAAUAGCCCAUUUACCCAGGUCUCAUCCACACGUUUCCUUGAAAUCCUGACUGCUGUAUGAGUCAUACUCAGUUUGUUUGCAAUAAAAUAUCCAAAUCUAUUGGUA